AAGAAAACAUCUCUCUCUAGCUAGAACAAUGGAAAUCAAAGCAAUUCAAGGAAACCUAGGAAGCAGUAAUCAGUGGAGGAAGAUAAAACCUAGAUUUCUUUGCCUUCAUGGUACGAGAACUAAUGCAGAUAUUCUCAAGAUUGAAUUGCUCCGUAAAUGGGAUCCAGUCAUCCUAGAUAAAAUAGACCUAGUCUUCGUAGAUGCCCCUUUUCCAUGUCGGGGUAAAUCCGAUGUGGAGGGCAUUUACGACCCUCCAUAUUAUGAGUGGUACCACACUAAUAAGGAAAUGACUGAACCACAUGAAAAAGUGAAUGAAUGUAUUACAUAUAUAGAAGAUUGCAUGAUCAAAUAUGGGCCUUUUGAUGGUCUUCUUGGAUUCUCCCAGGGAGGAAUAAUGGCAGCAGUCUUGGCUCUCUUACAAGAAAAGGGUUUGGCUAUCACCAAAAUCCCAAAGAUUAAAUGUGUGAUAAUAAUUGGAGGUGCAAAAGUAAAGGACAAACCAGUAGCAGAGAAAGCAUAUGGUUCGCCAAUCAAGUGCCCAUCUCUUCAUUUCAUAGGGAAGGAAGACUACAUGAGGGAAUCCGGGAAACAACUCCUUCAAUAUUUCGUUGAUCCUGUAGUCAUUCAUCAUCCCAAAGGCCACACCAUUCCAAGAUUUGAUGAGAAAAGUUUGGGAGAAAUGCUUUCCUUCAUCGAGAGAAUUGAAAGGGAUAUUAACAAAACAAAAGAAUUCUUCUUAGGGCAUAAAUCCAUGUUAUAAGAAGCUCUAAAAUUAAUUUGUAGCUGUGGAUAUGAUGUUGCAACGAGGGCGCAGCACUUCUAGAACUUCAAAGGGAACUAUGAAGUGAAACUUUGUAAAAAUUAUUAAUUAAUAAUGAUGAAUAAUGAUUAAAUGAAAAUAAAGUCAAGACUUUUUAUUUGAUAUUCAAAAAAACAAAUGUAACAUAUAGUUGGAUCGUUUCAUAUUUAAUUUAUUUAGCCUCAUAUAUCAGCGUACGUUAUUACAAAGCCAAUGAUUGCACAGUUUAGCUCUGCUACUAGUUCAUUUG